UUUAUCACAUACCUUUCUUUCUUCUUGAUGAAAUAGAUAAACCAUGGCACAACAAGAAUCAUCAUCCAAAGUUGUUGAAGUAUUCAAUAUUGAACCAUUUCAUGAACCAACAAAACCUUCUCAAUCACCAACCUCACUUCCACUCACAUUCUUUGAUCUUCUAUGGUUAAGAUUUCCACCAGUUGAACGUCUUUUCUUCUAUGAAUUCACAAACUCACCCACUUUUUUCUAUGAAACUCUUCUUCCAAAUCUCAAACACUCACUUUCACUCACACUUCAACACUUUCUCCCUCUUGCUGGUAACAUAAUUUGGCCUAGUGAUUCAUCCAAACCAAUCAUAAACUAUGUUAAGGGAGAUUUUGUUUCCUUCAAUGUUGUUGAGUCCAAAGAAAGUUUCAAAAAUCUUUCUUCUAAUCAAUGUGAAGCUUUAAAAAGGCAUCAUUUGAUACCCCUUUUGAACACUUCACAUGAAAAAGCUUCUUUGAUUUCAAUACAAAUCACUUUGUUUCCAAACAAUGGUUUUUGCAUUGGAAUAUCAUCACACCAUGCUGCUUUAGAUGGAAAAUCUUCCACCACUUUUAUGAAAUCAUGGUCCUAUAUUGCAUGCUCUAAUUCUAACCUUGAUUCAUCUUUUUUAUCUUUACCUGAAAACCUAACCCCUUUUUUUGAUAGAUCAUUGAUAGAAGAUCAUCAUAGUGGAAUUGAAAUUAGUGAAGCAUAUGUUGAUGCUUUGAUGAAACUUGGUGGACCAAAUAAUAAAAGUCUCAAGGUUUGGGAUUUUUUCGGUGCCGCGAAAAACGAUGCAAUUAAAAGCUUAUUUGAAUUGACUCCUUCAAAUAUUCAAAAGCUUAAAGAUUAUGCAAAAAAUGAAAUGAAAAUGAAUGUUACAAACUUGUCUACUUUUUCAGUUACAUGUGCUUAUGUGCUAGCAUGUUUAGCAAAAGCUGAGCAACCUAAGGCUGAAGAAGUGGUUUUCAUAUUUAGUGUGGAUUCUAGAGCUAGAUUAGAGCCUUCAAUUUCUCCUAUGUAUUUUGGAAAUUGUGUUACAGGCCAAAAGGUUGUUCUUGAGACAAAGAAAUUAGUUGGAAAAGAUGGAUUUUUAAGUGCUUUAGAAGGGAUGAAUGAAGCUUUGAAUAAGGUAAAAAAUGAUGGUGUGUUGAAUGGAGCUAAAGAUUGGUUAGCUACUAUGUUCAAUGGUAAAAAGGAUGCUAAAAUUUACUCUAUUGCUGGAUCACCAAGGUUUGAGGUUUAUAGUAUUGAUUUUGGAUUUGGAAAGCCUAAAAAAGUUGAUAUGACUUCAACUGAUAAAACAGGAGCAUUUUCUAUUAGUGAAAGUAGGAAUAACAAUGGUGGAAUUGAGAUUGGUUUGGCUUUAGGUAAGGAAGAAAUGGAAGCUUUUUCUACCCUCUUUGUUCAAGGACUUGAAUCCAUUUAAAGAUUCAAGAUUUACUACUUUUUUGAAGGAAGCAUGAUUGUUUGAAUAUGAUUCAGGUAUUUUGUGUUAGGGAGAAAUUGCAAGCAUUAGCUUAUUUUAUUUUUUUAUCUUACAAAAUUUGUAACAUCACAAAUAUAAUUAUAAUAAUGUAAGCAUCUAGAGACUCUACUUAGCCAGAGAGUACUCUUUGGAAGAUGCAUUCUAUUUAUUGAUUCUAAUUUAUUUGUGUAAUUUAAGUUUUUCCGCAAA